AUGUCCUUGGAGGGGCCGGGCCUCCACGACCGCCAAUUCGGGUUCAGGCCCGGACACUCGACGCUGGAUGCGAUCCAGUGCGUCCAGGACUUGGCCCGGGCGGUCGUGGAGAGGGGGGGUACGGCCUUGGCGGCCCACUUCGAGAGCAAAGACCUCGCCUUCACCAAGGAAGGCGGGGUUCAAGGCCGGCGCGUUAUGGAGAGCGGUGUUCCACAGGGAUCCGUUCUGGGGCCCCUACUGUGGAACAUCGCCUUCGACCGGUCGCGGGGCGCCGCCGCCGACCCGGGUCCUGGUGGAUGGAGUCCACGUCCAGGUCGCGCCCACGAUGAAAUAUCUGGGCCUGACGCUGGACAGCCAGUGGGACUUCCGGGUCCAUUUAGGAAUCUGGCCCCACGGGUGCGCGGGGCAGGGCUCAAAGUGACUAGCCUGAUGCGCGCUCAGGGGGGCCCAGGAUGGAGAGCCUGCCGCCUUUACAUCGGUGUGGUGCUCUCGAUGGCCCUGUACGGGGUGCGCAUCUGGGCGCCCCAGUUGGCGGCCAACGACCGCAACAAGUAUCUGAUGCGCCAGGCGCUGCGGCCGGUGGUCAUACGGGCCAUUCGGGGGUACCGCACCGUGUCCCAUAUGGCGGCCUGA